GUAUGGACGAUUAUGCAGUCCGUUUAUCAGAUGGUCAGUACGACAGAGGUCGAGUAGAAAUAUCAGUAGGAGGAACCUGGGGAAGUAUUUCAUCCUCCAGCGUCUGGCCAUCUGGCAAAAACGCUCAAGUUAUCUGUACCCAACUAGGAUUUCAAUCCGGAGAAGCAAUCACUAAUGGGACUUAUCUACAAGGAAGAGGGCCGGUCUGGAUUCGAGAUUUGAAUUGCACAGGGCAUGAAACGUCAAUUCGCGACUGUUCAUUUACAAUAAGUGGAACGGACCUCUAUUCCAGAUCGUCGCCUGAUAUAGGUGUCAUUUGUCUUCGACCAUUGUUUACACCGACUUCAUCUACAAAAACAUCAAAGUCAUCACAAACAUCACAAGAUGAUAUUUCAACAACAGAGGCAGUGGUGACGACACAUACUUCAUCCGAAGGAAAUAAGGAGGAAACAUAUACAGAUGAAACAGGUCAUGUACGGCAGAUAAUCACAGAAGUUGUUCAAGAAAAAACAGGAAUGAUUGUGGCUAAUUGUCUUGCUGCUCUUGCUUUAGCAAUUCUUAUUGUCAUGAUGGUUUGUUGGAAACUGCGCAAUACAUUUAAAAAAGGGAGGGGGAAUCCACUCAAGAGCAAGUUUCGUGGAGGGAAGGAUUUUAGAGGGAAAAAGCCUACGCUAAAAGACUGGUUUUCGUGGAUUGAGUCAACUAUAGAUGGAUUUUUUCAUAUGAAAGAAGACGAUUGA